GGGUGUGGGGAGGUUUGUUAGAACAGACGCCGAAGACCCACUUUCUAAGAGAAAGAAAGACCAUCUGCAAAUAAGAUGCUGUUCCUGCAAGUGGCGUUGCUCAUCCUUUUCAUUCCAGGUGGUGACAGUGACGAUGACUUCCAGGAGCCGAUCUCUUUUCGAGUCAUCCUGACAACAUCCUUUUACAACCAUUCGUGGACACAGAAUCAGGGCUCAGCUUGGCUGGGUGAGCUGCAGACCCAUGGCUGGGACAGCAAGACUGGAGCUUUCUUUUACCUGUGGCCUUGGUCCAGGGGCAACUUCAGCAAUGAGCAGCUAAUGGAACAAGAAGAGGCAUUUUAUAUACUCUCCCCUAGAUUUCCUCUGAUAUUUCAGGACCACAUCAGUCAAUGGCAGCUUGAAUAUCCCUUUCAGAUACAACUGGUAGGAGGCUGUGAUUACCAUUUUGGAAAAGCACUAGUACGCUUCAUGAGGAUUGCUUACCAAGGAUCAGAUCUCAUGAGCUUCCAGAACAUGUCAUGGUGGCCAUCUCCAAAGGGAGGAAGGAGGGCUCAGCAGGUCUGCACACUAUUCAAUCAGUACCAUGUGUUAAACUUAAGAAUACAAGAAAGUAUUAAUGACAUCUGCCCUUGUUUCCUCUUGGGUCUUCGUGAUGCAGGGAAGGCAGAUCUGCAGCAACAAGUGAGGCCCGAGGCCUGGCUGUCCGGUGGCCCCAGCCCUGGUCCUGGCCAUCUGCUGCUGGUGUGCCAUGUGUCUGGUUUCUACCCAAAGCCAGUGUGGGUGAUGUGGAUGCGGGGUGAGCAGGAGCAGCAGGGCUCCCAGCGAGGUGACAUCCUGCCCCAUGCAGAUGGGACAUGGUAUCUUCAGACGUCCUUGGAUGUGGAAGCCAGGGAGGCAGCUGGCCUGUCUUGCCGAGUGAGACACAGCAGUCUAGGAGGCCAGGACAUGGUCCUCUACUGGGAGCAGCACCGUCCCAUGGGCUGGGUCUUCCUGGCGGUGAUGUGCCCCUGGUGCUUCUGGCGGGUCUUGUGUUCUGGCUCUGGAAGCACUGGAAAACACACUGGAGACAUUAGUGCACUGACUUCCAUUUAAAGUGAGAUCCAGCAGCCCAGCGGUCAGGACCUACUUCAACCCAGCUCAGUGGUGAAGGACUUGAAAGUCUCUGUGGGCAACUUCUGUCUUUCUCUCUGCUCAAUGAAGGUUGUCAAUAUGAGUUAAGUGUUAUUUAGCAGAAUUUCUUGUUCUGACCUGAUUCAGAACCUUAAAUCUCUAAUUUAUUUUAGAGUAAAAUGGAGUCCAAGCGCCUCCAUGGGUCACAGCAUCUUGUGUCAAUUCCUCCAGGAAGCCCUCCCUGAUCCACAAGAGGAAGUAGUCUCUGACUGUUGUGAAUUUCCACCACUUUAACCCGCACUGUGGAUAACCUACACCUCAAUUCCCAUCCUUUUUUGUGCCACAUUUAUGUCUUUUUUCUCUUCUAAUUCCAGGUCUCUUGAAUGCAAAGUCCAUGUCUUUUCAAUAUUUGUAUCCUUGGCAAGGAGUCUCAGCUGCACGGACUAUGUCCUCAAUAAAAA